AAUUUUUGAACGCGCGCGGUUGUGCGUCGCUCCGUGGCUGAAAUUUGCGAUUUACGAUUCGGGACUUGCGAUUUGCUUGCCGAUUUGCCAAUUUGCCAGUUUUGAGUUCUCGAUUUGUUGUUUAUUGCGCCCGCCGGAAAAUUUGAUGACCGCGAAAAUGCAGGAGUUUUGAAUUAAGUGGCUUGCCCCAAGGACAAAGGAGGAUAGAAGCAAGCAAGAAUAGGCAAUAGGCUCCGUUUUCACGUGCUCACUAUCGCUCUCUCUUUCGAGCGCGCGCGUGUGUUGGUGAAUGUUUAUGAUUGUUUUGUAUCUCAACGAUCGAUCGAUUAAUACAACAAGAAAUCCAGGAGGAAUAAUUUAAGUGCCGCUUUUUAUUGUAAUACCGAAAUAUCAUUACAUUUUUUUUUGGAGUGGAUGUGUGCUGUUUGAAUUUUGGAAAAUACAACAACUAGAGAAAGAGAGGCGAAUAAGAAAGAAGAAAUAAUAAAUAGCAAGUUGAAAGAAAUUGAAAAAAAAACCGGAUUCCCAACAGAAACAACAACUAAAGAGCAGCAUCAAAAGAGAAGAAAAGGAAGAAGCAGCACAGGCCAGGCUUCCAGUAUUCCAUUUCUGCUUGUUGUAGUUGUUGCGCGCACGCACCAGAAGCCCUGAAGAGAGGAGGAUCGACCGGCCAGCUGCUCUCUCGCUCUCUCUGGAAAAGUGGCCAAAGGAAAAGGAGUAGGAGGAGGAGGUCGCAAGACGGUAGAAUCGACUAUAUAAUCGGAGUCAUAUCUGGCAGCAACAUCGGCCACAUCCACAUUCACAUCCACAUCAACAUUCACAUCAACAUCAACAUCAACAACAACGGCAGCAGACGUCGCUAAUUGCAACCAACACGGUAGCUGCAGCCUGGACCAUACAUCCCACAUCCAAUGUUCAGAAUUUAAAUGCACCACAGCAGGAGCAGCAGCAUCAGACGGCCAGUUGCCCCAAAGUUCCUCAGCCCGCGUGGCACGUGGCAUCUAUCAGCGCCUCUGGCUGAAUAAAAGGAAAUCCCAGCCAUAAAAGUAAAUCACUUCGCCUCGCCGCCAACCAGUUGCAGUCAUCAGCAUGGCUCACUCCAAGGUGAUCCUAAAGAUCCUGUUCUCGCUGUGCGUCUGGUCCUUCGUCAUCAUAGGACUGUUCAAGAUGCACGGCACGAAUCUGGUGCCGCAGGAGUACCAGCAGGUGCCGCUCAACGGACGCAUCCUGCUGCAGAAGGACAUCCGCUACGCGGAGACCACCUCCACGACCACGGAUCACUUCGAUCCCAGCGAGAUACUGGUGGACAAUCGCACAGCCAUGGACGACGACCAGUUGGUGCGAGACGUGGAGUCGCGCAUUCCCUCCCUGCCGAUCGCCUACUGGAGCAAGAAUAAGAACUUCCUGCAGCAGAAGUCGUCGACCUGCGCGAAGUACCCCUCCAUUUUCGAGCUGGAGUUCAACAACAUCUACUGGCAGACGCUGCGCACCUCGAACGGAACGUUCCAGCUCUUUGGGGCCUACUACGACAUCCGGCGCACCUCGCUGCUGGGGCCCACUGUGCGGAUCCUGGGAAUGAUCGAUAGGAUUGAGCCCAAGGUGAAGACGUACUGCCAGUUCUGGUUCGACGGCCAAAAGGAGCCGUUCAUCGUGAAGACGUUCGAGUACAAGUACAUCUGGUACAACAAGUGGGGCAACUACAAGCAGGGCAUCUACCAGCCAUACCUGAUCGCCUGCCAGAUUCCCAAGCCCUUCCACGGCGUGGUGCCCAGCUCGGUGUCGAUGGUGGAGAAGGAGUGCGACACGGCCACCAACAAUCUGCGGGUCAUCUACAACCGACCGCCCGACGACCAGAAGAAGGGCUUUGCUGUCUGCGUGAAGGGAUUGGACUUCCUCUACGACGACCUGAGUGUGCGGCUGAUCGAGUGGAUCGAAAUGCUCAACAUCCUGGGGGCCGACAAGAUCUACUUCUACAAUCUUCAGGUGCAUCCCAACAUCACCAAGGUGCUCAGUCACUACGAACAGGAGGGCAAGGUGCAGGUGAUCCCGCUGACCCUGCCCGGCGGACAGCCAAACGUGCCCGGAUUCCAGCACCUGUACCUAACCAAGAAGACGAACCACAAGCGGCAGAACGAGGUGAUCCCAUACAACGACUGCCUGUACAAAAACCUCUAUCUCUACGACUACAUCGCACUGCUGGACAUCGACGAGGUGAUCAUGCCCAAGGGCGGAGCGGUCCUGUGGUCCGAGCUGAUGGACAAAGUGCGUCCGGAGUCGCGCAAAAUCAAGCCGGACGGAUUCCACAGCUACAACUUCCGCAACGUGUACUUCUUGGACGACCAGCAGCACGAGCAUGGCUGGCACAAGGACAUACCCAAGUACAUGCACAUGCUGCAGCACGUCCAUCGUGCCAAGAACUACACCAAGCCGAAUCAGUACGUCAAGUGCUUCCACGAUCCGGAGCGCGUGCUCACCCUCCACAAUCACUUUCCGCUGAGCUGCUUGGGCGGCGUCUGCAAGUCCUAUCCUGUGGACACCAAGGACGCCCAGCUGCAGCACUAUCGGGCGGACUGCGUCAAGACGCUGAAGAAGAGCUGCGAGGAGUACCGGGAGCACUCGGUCGAGGACAAGACCAUUUGGAAAUACAAGGACGAGCUUAUCCGACGCACCAUUAAAGCGCUCGACACCCUGGGCUUCUUUCGCCGCCAGGGCUUGAAUUCCGCUUCCGGUUCGGGGAGCAGCAGCAGCGGCUUGGGCGGUGGAGCCACCACCCACUCCACGGAGCGGUGAUUCACACUUCUCGGGGGCGGAGGAGGCGGAUGGUCCUGGCCCUGGCAACUGGUUGAAGCAUCGGGCAGCAACAUUGGCAACGAGGAGUUCUUUGUGUGAGGAGGAGGUCGGAGGUCAGCGGUCAGCGGAUGCCGUGCGUUUCACAAUCCGAUCCCAAAACCCAGAGCCCGAAACCUAGAACCCGUCCUCCAAUCCCGGAGUCUCUGUUGCACAGGGAGAUCACUCGUCCGUCUCUGAGUUUAGUUACUAUAUAUGUCCAGAGUUCCCAUCCAAACCCCAUACGUAGCGAGGCGCUGUUUUUGAUUGCAAUUCGAUGGCAUUUGUAGUUUGCUUUUAGGGCGUUGUUAAAUCCAACUCACCUGAGUAAUACGUGUAAGUUAAUAAUGCUUUUAUAACGUUUGUAAUAUCCCAUUGUGUUUGCUCCCCUGUAAAGAUCGUCCGUCAAAAUGCAUCGAAAUCCAAGUCAAAAGCAGGGCCCCCCAGCGUAUGGCUAGUGUAUAGAAGAGGCGUUAGUUAGUCUGAAAAGUCGGAAUUGGGAGAGAAGUCUUUUGAAAUUGUGCCUUCGAACCUGGAUUGUAGUCAGUCCCGUCCCGACCCGUCCUUCCCCUCAAUCCCUUCCAUAAAUCCCCAUUUGAUACUUCCAUUCACAAAACAACAAAAAGACACAAGGUCACAACUUUUCGAAAAAAACGAGACCCACAACAUUUGCUUGAGUUAACAACAAGAUGAGAGUAGAAGAGAGUCGAGGAUGAGGGGCAGAAGAGAAGGAAACCUAAACUAAGUUCAAGACUGAUGAUGUUUAUUAAGAAUUAUAAAAACGAAGGAGAGGAAAUUUCAAGCGAAUUUUUGUUUUCACAUUUGGAUAGAAUCGAUAUUAUUGUUGUUGUAUAGGCAAGUAAAAGCCCCCCCUAAAAGUCGCAAGCGAAAUAUAUCACUAAUGCUAAGCAAAACAAACACAAACACAAAGCAAAUUGAUCAAGUUUGAGUUGUAAACUGUAAAUAGGAAAAUUGUUAACGAAGAGGACAAGGCCCUAAGGAUAAAACUAACUAUAUGCGGAUUAGGCCGAUGGAAAUCGGACAAACUAGCAGGAUAUUGAAGAAGUGAGGACGAGGAUUAGAGAAGCUGCUCAGCCCAAUCCUUAAAUGGUGAAUGGUGUUUAAUGCCGAUCGACCAUCAUACCCAAUAUUCAUAUGUUUUUCAACUUGUACAUACACACACACACACAAACACACAUACAGCCACACCCACACUUACAUAACACAAGCACACAAAUACACCACGCACACUUCCUUA